AAGAGAAGCGCGAAUUUGACAUGGUUUUCACCGGCGGCAGCGACUCCCGAUUUGUGCGAUAGCAUAUCGGAUCCAUCUCAGUACAUCAGAACUAGGAAGGGCAGGCUUAUCGGUAGAACGACAGAAAUGACGAUAUCCGGCAAUCUUGACUGGAAGGAUAAGACAUCUCUAGGUAUAAUGCAUUUCCACGUAGAAUUUCGUUGA